GAGCACACAGAAAACCCAGAGAUCCAAUCCGAUCCGAUCCGAAUCAGAAGUGCAGAACCAAGUGAACGAAAAGCAAAUCGGAAAUUCUUGCACAAAUUAAUUGGGCCAGAAAGUGUCUCAGUUUGUUUGUUUUUUUUUUCGAGUUCACUUCUGUGUUAAAUAGUGCGAACGAAAAUCCGUUAAAUACAGCGAUAAUCCCGAUAACGACCAAUCUCGACCAAAUAGCCAAUAUCCCGCGAUGGGCAAUGCCGGCUAUACAUGCAUACGCCGCACCUUCUGCUGGCUCAACAUCAUUCUAUGGCUGUGUAGCUGUGCGUUUUUGGGAGCCGGACUGUGGCUGCGUCUGAGCUACGAGGGCUACGCCACUCUGCUGCCCCAGCACGCCGGCUUGAGUGCGGACACCAUCUUCAUGGGCAUCGGGGGCACCGGGUUCGUGGUCAGCUUCUUCGGCUGCUGUGGCGCCUGGGUGCAAUCCCGCUGCCUCCUGGUACUGUACUUCAUGCUGAUUGUGAUGCUGUUCAUGAGCGAGUUCCUGGUGGGCUCGAUCGCCUUUCUCUUCCGCGGCGGAUUGGGUCGGACUUUGGCCAACGAGCUGCGCUUCGGGAUCGAGCGGCACUACAACACCAGCGAUCGGGGAUCUUUGGUGGCGCCCUCGGUGGCUUCCAUUUGGGACAGUGUGCAGCAUUCGUUCGAGUGCUGCGGCGUGUCCUCGUACGAGGACUGGUACGACAUCCAGUCGUGGCCGGGAAAGCGCUGGGUUCCCGAGUCCUGCUGCAGGACGCUGUACGACCAACGCCAGGUGCUCACCGAGGGAUCCGGCGACGGAAUGAUGCGCGCCGACUGCGGCAGAUCAGAGAACCCGUCGCUGUGGUGGGACAAGGGAUGUGCCCACUCACUACAGAGCUGGUUCACCGGACAGCUGAAUGUGGUGGGCGCCGUGGGACUCGGGAUCGCCUUCGUCCAGCUCUUCGGACUGAUCACCUCGAUGCUUCUGUUUUGCACGGUGAAACACAAGCGGGCCUCGGACACCUACAAGUCCUACUCCCCGUCUAUCGAUCCCCAAACCCGCACCAGCAGUUGGGAGGAUUGAACGCGCCUGUAGUGGUGCUUGGCGAACUUCUAAAUGUGGGUGAGGGGGUCAAAAUAGCCCCCCCACCUGUCGCUAUCUCUAUUCUUUUUGUUAACUCUCUUAGUUUCUAAUUCA